AUGACGGCGCGACGUGUGCGGAUGGGCGAAAUGACUAUCUCGCAACGCGCCAAGGAGUGGUACUCGACCCCGUUCACUGUCGAAUGGCUGGAAAACACCAUAAAGGGGUGCACUAGUUCUCCCGGUAAAGAGGCGUUCGAAAAAUGGGCUAUUUCGAAACUAGGUGCGAGUCAAGGAGCUGUGCUAAUCGCGGAAUGCAAUAAACGCUCACCACGGGGGACCUUCGUGUCCGAAAAACCACCUCGAACUCUCGAAGACAAAGUUCUCUUCAUGUGGAACUCUGCUGCUGGAUACUACGGAAUGAGUCGACGAGCUAUACAAACAUUGCAUGAACACGCAUCGGAUAUGAAUUUGUACCAGCCCGAAAGGACGAAGCCGCCACCAAAACGAAGAAAAGGCGAAACUUCGAGCCAAUGGCUCGCUCUCGUUGCUGGCCAUAAACUCCCUAUUAUUGACCUGGAUUAUGCGCGACGCACCGCCAUUGCGGAGUAUGACAAGACCUGUGAUACCCUGGAGCGCUGGAGAACUGACUCGAAACUUUUCUUUGCCGAUAUUGUGGAAAGAAGCAAGAGUAUCAUUGUGUCGCCCCAAAUCGUCCACCUUGAUGAGCGCACUAAAGAACGAACUCGAAUUGACGACGCGUUCCGCACGCGCAUCAACUUUCUGGCCUUAACGCACGUUGCGUGGAAGGAAACCGCUCUACUGUUCGAAGAUUUAGCCGCUCGAGGAUUGAACACACCAGCAGCAAUCGAGCGUGCUUACUCGAGGGACUCUGCAUUACUCUGGCGGCUCUGUGGCGUAGUGCAUCGUGUCGCGUCUAUGACACGCAAGAUGUCUGCGAACCUCCAACAACUAUUGGCUGCGAGUGAUUAUUAUAAACCGAUGCUCGUUCCAUGGCGGGAUGAUCAAGGUCUUGCACAUAUAGAUCCGAAUCGACCUGAGAUCGACAAGCGUAUACGAAGGGGCGAAUUGACCGGGAUGGACCAGGUCGUUAUCAGCUGGGCAUGCUCAGUCGCACCGUCGCCCAUGAGCUUUUAUCAAGGAAUAGAAGCAGCUAUCGCGGAGGAUCGCUCGGAAGAGAAAAAGUUUUCUGCUGCUGUUUUUGAGGCGAUGGGAGAUUGGGCUGCUGCCGCUGAAUUGGAGUCUCAAUUCUCUCGAACCGAAUUUGGCAUGCAAAUUGUCAAGCAGGCUGGUGCUCUGGAGAAAGCGGGCACUGACCGUGCACAAAUGCGAUCGAUUCUCUAUUACAUGGAUCCCGCGAAACUUUCAGACCGAGGGGCAGAGUAUUGGGAUCGCGCAGGAGAGGCCUCGCGCUCGAUGCGCGCUUUGGAGGUUGCAUGGACUCAUCAGACUUGGCAGUUGUCCAUCGAUUCGAUUUUGCGGAUUCUUCAAAUGAAGGCCGCCCCGCGAGGCUUGACAAGUGACAAUAUUGAGAUGCCCAUGGAGGUUUUUAACGAAAUGUGGCGACAUACUGACGAGCAGAUGUGGAAUAUGGCUGCCUCGCUUGAUCGCAAAGGGGAGGCCGGGCGGGUGGCCAAAGAAUGUGGACUGUGGAAUCCUAGGGACCCUAAACGACCUGUGGCGACAAGAUAUAUCUUUGCAGAGAUCGAGUUGCAAAUCGUGCAAGGUGUUCCGCUCCAACCCAAAACAACGCCAGUUUACACGCCCAAUAUUCCCGUCGCUGGGCCGAAUGAAUCCAUAGUCCAAAGCGGCCAUGCCUUCGUCUCUGGCACCGCCGAAACCAAAGUCAAAGUGAAGACGCGGACUCCAGGCGAUGCCUCGAAACAGGUGGAGCAAGUGGAGAAAGUAGAACAAGUUACACUUCCCCAACACCUUCCCACCGACUUCAAACUAGGAAAAAAGGUGUUGAAGCUUUUCCAUCGCAUAUUGGAGCCUCCAGACGACGAGAAAGAGAGUGCGGAUGCGCCAGCGAAAGGACAAGUGCGCUGGGGCGAUUUCGAGAAUGCCAUGAAACGCAUCGGUUUCGAAGUCGUUCAAACUGCAGGUUCUUCUGUUCGAUUCGACCCACCGGCGUUGUCCGCCAGACCAAUCACGUUCCAUCGACCCCACCCAGAAUCACUGCUCAGCCCGCAUAGCAUCAAAUGGCUGGGAGCGCGUCUCAGGCGAACAUAUGGAUGGACGACAGCAACAUUCCAACGGACAGAGGGUGAGGAGGCUGGAUAA